GGUUUUCUAUGUUCUUUACCUUUGAUCAACGAGUCGAAGUGAACGUACUUUUCUUCUUAAGCGUGUAACACGUUUCGUGUCGUAAGACUUAAAGAAUGCGUUACGUGGCCGCUUAUCUUUUAGCAGCUUUAGGAGGAAAAGUUUCUCCUAGUCAAAACGAUAUUGAGAAAAUUUUGUCAUCCGUUGGGAUUGAAGCAGAUGGUGAAAAACUUAAAACAGUCAUUACAGAAUUAAAUGGAAAAUCAAUUGAUGAACUUAUUCGUCAAGGAUGUGAAAAAUUAUUAUCUAUGCCAGUUGGUGGUAGUGUAACUGUUAGUACAGAUGCAGCACCAGCUGGAGCUGCUGCUGCUCCAGUUGAGGAAAAGAAAGAAGAGAAAAAACCAGCAAAAGAGGAAUCUGAGUCAGAAGAUGAUGAUAUGGGUUUUGGUCUCUUUGAUUAAAACAAUCAAUGAUAUCUGUAUAAUAAA